AUAAAGCAGUCCAAAGUUGUCUCGGAGAUGUACCCCCCUACCCCCCAAAGGAGCGUUGGAAUAGUGGCGGCCCGACCUGAGGAGGCUGACGGCCAUUUUACCACAGCUAGCUGUCACAAUCCCUCAAGUGGAGAGAAUAACGCUGCUUAAACUUGAAAGUGUACAGUACAACAUAACAUAACAUUUGGCGGCCAACGUCCAACACGGCGCCCUGCUCUGAGGCAAAACAGGUCAAAUAAACAGUGGCGUAAAAGACGGCGGCAAGAAGAUGAAUGGGUCUCUAGACCACCCCGACCAACCGGAUGUAGACGCCAUCAAGAUGUUUGUGGGUCAGAUCCCGCGCUCUUGGUCCGAGGAGCAACUGCGUGAGCUCUUUGAGCCAUACGGCGCUGUCUACGAGAUCAACGUUCUCAGGGACCGCAGCCAGAACCCGCCGCAGAGCAAAGGAUGCUGCUUCAUCACGUACUACACCCGCAAGUCAGCCUUGGAAGCACAGAACGCUCUUCACAACAUGAAGAUUCUUCCAGGGAUGCACCACCCAAUCCAGAUGAAGCCGGCCGACAGCGAGAAGAACAACGCGGUAGAGGACAGAAAGCUGUUCAUCGGCAUGAUCUCCAAGAAGUGUAACGAGAACGAUAUGCGCUUGAUGUUCUCACCUUACGGUCAAAUUGAAGAGUGUCGGAUACUACGAGGCCCCGAUGGAUUGAGCCGAGGCUGCGCCUUUGUGACCUUCACAGCCAGGCAGAUGGCCCAAGCGGCCAUCAAGUCCAUGCACCAGUCCCAGACUAUGGAGGGCUGCUCGUCCCCCAUCGUGGUGAAGUUUGCCGACACGCAGAAGGACAAGGAGCAGAAGCGCAUGGCGCUGCAGCUGCAGCAACAAAUGCAGCAACUCAGCGCCGCGUCCGUGUGGGGUAACCUGACCGGGCUGGGAAGUCUGGGACCACAGUACCUGGCGAUUUACUUGCAGCUGCUGCAGCAGUCAGCCUCCACUGGGAACGCGCUCGGCAACCUGCACCCCGCUUCAGGUCUCAAUGCCAUGCAAAACUUGGCCGCGUUGGCAGCGGCAACGGCCGGGCAGGCCUCGGCAGGCGGCUCCGGCGGAGCGACGGCGUCCAGCAGUCCGUUAAGCGCGCUUACCAGCUCAGGUAACGGUCCGCUUUGGCUUUGGAGCCGCUCCGGCCGUUCUGACCCCGACGUUCCCACGGCGCCAGGCUCCUCCCCUACCUCCAGCGGCGCGUCGUCCGUCAACCCCGUGGCGUCCCUGGGAACGCUGCAGUCUCUUGCCGCCGGCAACGCGAGCUCGCUCGCAGGGAUGGCGGCUCUCAACGGCGGAUUGUCCAAUGGCGGCGGCACUGCCGAGGCGCUGAGUCAGGCCUACUCAGGCAUCCAGCAGUAUGCCGCUGCUGCUGCCGCCGCGGCGCUUCCUGGACUCUACAACCAGAGCCUUCUAUCGCAACAGAGCGUCUCGGCCGCGGGAAGCCAAAAGGAAGGUCCGGAAGGCGCCAACUUGUUCAUUUAUCACCUCCCGCAAGAGUUCGGCGACCAAGACCUUCUCCAGAUGUUCGUGCCCUUCGGCAACGUCAUCUCUGCCAAGGUCUUCAUCGACAAGCAGACCAACCUUAGCAAGUGUUUCGGCUUCGUGAGUUACGACAACCCGGUGUCGUCGCAGGCCGCCAUCCAGUCCAUGAACGGUUUCCAGAUUGGCAUGAAGCGGCUCAAGGUGCAACUCAAGCGCUCCAAGAACGACAGCAAGCCGUACUGAAGGCCCGCCGUGACUUCGGUACCGGUACAGUAAGGGUGGCCGGGCCGGGCCGAGCCGGCGGACGGACCGGAUCCUUCACGUCUUCUCUCACAAACUGCCGUGUUUUCUUUUGAACUCUUUUGUUUGCCGUGCUACCUUUUGAACCUCCAUUGUUACCACACGUUGCACACGGACGGCAAAUUGUUUUCUUGGUGCUUUUUUGUUUUGGGGAGUGUUUUGUGCUUCACUGUUCUCCGCUGGAACAAACCUCUUAUUUUAGUUGACGAAAGUCACCCGAUUUAUACGCUCGACCCAUUGGGCGCCGGACGUCAGCCGGGCCUCGGAACGCGCCGUCGAGGAUUUGCUAGGGUGAAUAUUGACUAAGGCUUAACAUUUAUGACCGUCGGCCCGAUCGUACGGAGGACCAGGAGUCAAAAAAUCAAAUCGAAGCACAAUGUAUCAGUCAGUAUUUAUUUACAUUUUUAAAAUGUUUAUUUAUUUCAACAAUUAUUGCAUUUUUGAUAUAGUAUAAAGGAUAUGUAUCGACACCCUCUUUUUAAAACAUUUUAGAUAUUUUUUUAAAUAUUAUUAUUUUUUUUUUACUUUUAAAAUUUUAUUCAUGGAUUUAUUUAUUAUUGCUUUUUUUAUCGACACCCGCUUAAAUCUCUUAUUUCAACAUUUAUUGCAUUUUUGAUAUAAAUGAUAUAAAACAUUCUUUUUUAAAAAUGUGUUAAUUGAUUUAUAUUAAAAAAAUCCAAAUAUUUAGGGAUUUGUUUAGAACAAAAAAAGGAACCAUUUGUAAAUAUUGACAUUGGGAAUCAUUUUAUGAAGGUGACAAUGAAUACAAAGUGAAAUAAAUGUUGAAGUAAAUGACAAUUAGAACAAAUGAUUUGAAAGAAAUGAAAACAAGCGAUUAAAAUUGAAAUGUGAAACGCAAAUAAAAUGUAUACAAAGCUAAAUAUGAAAAAAGAUUUGAUAUAUAAAAAUCAUUUAAAUAAAUCUUGAUUUUAUUUUUCAAAAAUAAAGUAUUUAUUCAUUUUGAUUGGCAUUUAUUUGAUUUUUGAUUGGUUAUAAAAGUAAAUACCAAUUAAAAUGAUUGUUGAAACAAAUAUUUGAAAAAGGAAAAAAGAUAAAUUGACAUAAAUGCAAAAUAAAACUUCGAACAUCAAUCAAAACCAAAAUGUGUAUCUACAAAACAAAAGGAAUAAAAAUUAGUAUGUAUAAAUAAGAACUCGUAUAUUUCUAGUUUUUUUUUUUGUUUUAUUCAUUUUGAUUUUUUAAUCAAAUAUAUUCAUGUUGGCUGGUAUUUACUUCAACAUGUUUUUAUUACAUGUGUGGCCUACUAUAAAUUUUAUCCAUUAAAAAUACACCAUUCGAUAAAGAUAAAUACACAUUGAAAUAAAUUAAAAAUAAAUAAAUAAACUGAAAUAAGUAUACUGUAUAAUGACUGGAAGAGCACUCAUUCAAAGCAUUGCCAUAUUUCUGACCUCUGUGACUUUUGACCCUUCUUGUCAAAUCAGUCAUUUGACCCAUCAUAUUGCUUACCUAAUUUGUGUUAACUUGGUAAUGGAUUAGCCAUUUAUCACUAAAUUACUUUUCUGACCCCUGUGAUCUUUGACCCUUUAUAUCAUACCAUAUAUUCAUUUGACUCAUCAUACAACCCACCUAAUUUGCGUUAACUCGAUAAUGGAUUUGCCUCGUUAACGGCAAAUUCCUUUUGUGAACUCUGUGUCCUUUGACCCUUCACAUUAUCUCAUUCAUUUGACCCAUCAUAUUUCCUACCUAAUUUGCGUUAACAGAUUAGCCGAUUUAUCACCACGUUACACCACUCUGAUCUCCGUGACCUUUGACCCCUUCAUAUCAUAUCCAUUGGAACCAUUGUAUUGCCUACAAAAUUUCCGUUAACUGAUAACGGAUUACCCUAUUUGGCGCCAAUUGCUUUUCUGACCUCUUUGACCUCCUUACCCUAAAACUUAAUCAGCUCUAUACAAAUUGAUACAUAUAAAUAAAUACUGAGAAAAAUGACACAAAAAAUGAUUCAUUUAACCAUGUAAUGAUUUCAUUCUGGUCCUUCGUAGGAUCGUGGCUACAUUUGUACUCGGUUUAUUCAAUCCGCUUUUGCUAAUGAUCUUUUACCGAAGGUGUCUCGCUGAAAAAUUGUACAGUAUAUUCUUGAUAUAUAUUUAUAGUCGUAUAUCGAUCACUCAGUGAGUUGUGGUGGUGUUAUGUUUAGUUUUUUCUUUUUUAUAUACCGAAGCCCUCACAUAUCUCCGGCGGAAGCCCUCUUCUCCGAUUGGAGCGUCCGUGUCACGUGACCCGCUUCCUGUCGUGGUGGCUUUUUUUGUAAAGGUGAGGCGGCGACGCGUACGUAUCAGGAAGGGCGCCGCCUCUUCUAUUUUUAUAUAUUCCGAAAGAAAGCAAGGUUUUCUACUUCUCCUGUGUGCUGGGGAAUUAUUUAUUGCCUCCGUAAUUUAGACGCAAAGAAAAUGUUGGAUUAUUUCCGAGUCAUCUCAUUUCAUGCGCAGGGUCAGACCCGUCCUACCAAAGAGUUUAAAGGCCACACUGAAAAAGGGAAUGAAUAUGCGGAUGAAAAUGGCUGCCGUUGACGAUGAUAGAUCGUUCAUGUGCUGUAAAUUGGAAUGAGUCUAUCACUAGUUAGACGUCCCAUCCAUUUGAAGUGGGACGUCUAACUAGUGAUAAAUUUAUUCCAAUCCACAUCAAAUCAAAUUUAUUGAUGGUAACUUGAUUGAAGAUUGUUUGUUGGCAAUUCAAACGUAUUGGACGUCUAUCGCCAUCAAUGGCAGCCAUAGAAUUAAGCCCUUUCUAGUGUGGCCCGAAUACUUGUCGGUAUCGUCCCGGCCACACGCAUUCAAAGUCACGAAUACUACUGUGCAGAUACUUGACAAAAGGGAAACAUUUCAUGGUGGUCACAAUAUACAUUUUUAUUUUUUGCCAUAUUGUCAAAUCUCAUAGAAUUAUCACCCUUUUUUGUAAUAUUUCUUAUCCUUUUGGGUGUAUUUUUUUUCUCGAAAAAACACUAACUUUCAGAAAUGUGUGAAUUUCUCUCUUAAUUCUUAAAUAAAUGAUCACAAACAACAUUUUUUUACAGGGGAGAAAAAAAUGUAUGAAGCCCCCCAGGUGCCAGGGUAGAAAAAAAAAAAUUCACAGCUAAUCUGUACCCACAAUUUAGUAAUCUGUGUGGAUUGCCGAAUUGUACCUACAAAUUUUUAUCUUUAGGUCCAGUUCACAGUUCAGUAAUCUACACAGAUUACUAAACUGUGUGAUUACUAAAAUAUAAUAGAUUAGUAAUCUGUACCCACAAUUUAGCAAUGACCCGGAAAUGGUAGUCACCAAUUCAAUUUGGUGGAGACUCCAAAUAUCGACGGACAAAAUUCAACAAUGUCACUUGUGACGUGUAUGUGACACCAGCCUGUGUGCAAAUGAUAACACCUGAAAGUGACAUUGUUCACGGCUACCAAAGACAACAUUAUUAAACUGUGGGUACAGUUUAGUAAUCUGUGGAUACAGUUUAGCAAUCUGUGGCGGAUUACCAAACUGUGAGUACAGAUUACUAAACUGGAUUACUAAACUGUGGGUACAGUUUAGUAAACUGUGGUGACAGAUGACUUAACUGUUGGUACAGGAUGCUAAACUGUACUCACAGAUUACUGAACUUCGUACAAAAUAUUAUCUCUGUACUCACGGAUGAAUAAACUGUAGGUACAGAUGACUAAACUGUUGGUACAGAAUACUAAACGGCACCCUCAGAUUACUAAAUUAAGGGUACAGAUUACUAAACUGUGCUCACAGAUUACUAAACUGUGUACAGAAUAAUAAACUGCACCCAUAGAUUACUUAACUAUGGGUACAUAUUACUAAACUGUACUCACAGAUUAUGAAACUCGGUACAGAAUACUAAACUGUGGGUACGGAAUACUGAAGUGGAUUAUUAAACUUGCUACAGUUUAGUAAACUGUGGUUACAAAUUACUAAACUGCUUGUACACAUAACUAAACUGUACCCACAGAUCACUAAACAGUGGGUAGAGAUUAGCAAUGAAAAAUAUUUUUUUUCUACCCUGGCACUUGGUUGGCUCUGUAGAAAUGAAUCUUGUGAUAUUAUGAAUUUAAACUUUAGUAAUUAUUUUACCGCUCAAUUUUUUUGUAUUGAAAUGACUUUUUUUUGUUGGAAUUUUUUUUAAAAGGUGACGAAAUACAUCUAAUUUUGUUAUAAACUCAUGCAAUUUAUUUUCUUGUUAGCUAACUUUUUUUUGUAUGCAAAUGAAUUUCAUCCCCAAAAUGACUAUCGUCAAAAAAUUGUCACUUCAUUAUUGGAACGUUGAUUUGUUUCUAUUCUAAAAGUUGCCUUACUUGAAUAAAAUUGCCAUUUUUUUUUUUUGUUUCGUCCCCAUUUCGUGGCCCAAAAUCCAUUUGUGUGCAGGUUUUACAAAUAUUGUGGCCACAACUGAAACAUUUUCCCGCCUCGUGUCAUAUCUGAGCUGCAAAACGAACAAUCAAUCAACUUUUUGGAACAAAGGAGUGAUUUUUUUGUGGGCGUUUUGUUAUUGAAUGCAAGGCUAGGCUACGCUAGGACAAUGCGGCGUCUCUUGUUUGACAGACGCUCUGUUUGUUUGUGGCUCUUUUUAGGAUGCAUGUUUUUUUUGUUUGUUUUUUUUAAAUCCGCACCCAGUUGGUUGACAAAAAUCAGCUGGUUUGUAUUCACUUCCGGAAAAUGACAAAUAAACUUGUGCCAAAAUGUUUUGCUC